AUGCAAGAAGACGAGAAGACAAGUAAAAGAGACCAAGUCUUUGACCUAGAGAAAUAUCUGGGGAAAGAUAUAAGAAUAUGCUUUUUUGGUGGCAUAGAGGUGACUGGCUGCCUAUUAGGAUAUGACCAGCUGCUGAAUUUAGUUUUAGAGAAUGGGAGGAUGGUUUCUUUCUUUAACUCAGAGAAUGAGCUGCCAGACUUAAAAGAUCUUACUUUACAGCCACCAACAAGUAUGAUGUGUAAAGGUAUAUCAAUAUGUUCUAUAGAUCUGAUGCCCACACCAGACAAGGCAGAAGAGUUCUCAUACGGCGACAAUACGUAUUAUACAGUAGGAAAGAGCAAUUAGAGAA